CCCACCUCGAGCAGCCUCAUGGCGGGCGCCGCCGUGCUUCUCAUCACCCUGGUGGCCUCGGCUGCCGCAUCUAGAGAUACCCCGCCCAGGAAAAUCGCGGUCGUGGGAGCUGGAAUUGGGGGCUCAGCAGCGGCCCAUUUCCUUCAGCAGCUCUUUGGGCCACGGGUACAGAUUGAUGUGUACGAAAAGGGCACUGUUGGAGGCCGCCUGGCUACCAUCACUGUCAACAAACAGCAAUAUGAAAGUGGUGGUGCCUCAUUCAAUUCCUUCAGCUUGCAUAUGCAGGACUUUGUCAAACUCCUGGGUCUGAAACAGCGGCGGGAGGUAGCAGGGAAGAGUGCCAUAUUUGGUGGUGAGCAGCUUAUUCUGGAAGAGACAGAUUGGUACCUGCUAAACCUUUUCCGAGUCUGGUGGCACUAUGGCAUCAGCUUCCUGCGGCUGCAGAUGUGGGUAGAGGAAGUCAUGGAAAAGUUUAUGAGAAUAUAUAAGUACCAGGCACAUGGCUAUGCCUUUUCAGGAGUGGAGGAGCUAUUGUACUCAGUGGGUGAAUAUACCUUUAUCAACAUGACCCAGCGCUCUGUGGCAGAAUGUCUGCUCGAAGUGGGAGUUACACAGCGCUUCAUUGAUGAGGUGAUCACAGCUCUGCUGCGUGCCAGUUAUGGGCAGUCUGCAACAAUGGCAGCCUUUGCAGGAGCGAUGUCACUUGCUGGAAUACAGGGGAACCUGUGGGCUGUGGAAGGGGGCAAUAAGCUAGUAUGUUCAGGCUUGCUGAAGCUGACUAAGGCCAAUGUGAUACACGCCAGGGUGACCUCUGUGGCCUUGCACAACACAGAAGGGAGAGCCCUUUAUCAGGUGUGGUAUGAGAAGGAGGAUAAAAUGCAUUCAGACUUCUAUGAUAUAGUAGUCAUUGCUACUCCCCUCUACGUCGGCAGUAACAGCAACAUCACCUUUGACGGCUUUCAGCCUCCCUUCGAGGAGUUUGUUGGUUCCUUCCAAUCCACCGUCACCUCCCUGGUCCAUGGCUACCUCAACUCCUCUUACUUUGGCUUUCCUGACCCCAAGCUCUUCCCUUUUGCCAGCAUUCUUUCUACAGAUGCCCCUAAUCUCUUCUUCUGUGCCCUGGACAACAUUUGCCCUGUCAACAUCUCAGCUACCUUCCGAAGGAAGCAACCGCAGGAAGCAGCCAUUUGGCGCGUCCUGUCCCCCCAGCCCUUGGAACGUCCCCAGCUGAAGAGCCUUUUCCGUUCCUAUUACUCAGUCCAGACAGCCCAAUGGCAGGCCUAUCCACAGUAUGGUUCUCGUAUGGCUACACCACUGUUUGCCCUCCAUGACCAGCUCUUCUACCUCAAUGCCCUCGAGUGGGUAGCUAGUUCUGUGGAAAUAAGUGCUGUGGCAGCUAAAAAUGUGGCCCUCUUGGCUUAUAACCGCUGGUACCAAGACCUGGAUAAGAUUGAUCAGAAGGACUUGAUACACAAAAUUAAGACUGAAUUGUGAGAACUACUAGAAGAAAGGGAGAUGGGUAGGAGUCUGUGAAACUUCAUGCAUUCAUCUAAAGAACAUUGAUUAAGCACUUGCUUCUUGUGGAGUCCUGUACUCUAAAGGCUUAAUGUGAUACAGAUGUGGAUAAGACAGGGCCUCUGUCUUCUUGGAGCUUAAAGUAUCCUGUAAUGAUGACUCUUGAUCCCAAAUCAGUGAUAGCUUCUAAAGUAAAGGGAAACCUGUGUCCCACGCACUUGAUAUGUCUUGUGUGAUCCUUUCUCCCUCCUCUGUCAGACCUUUCUGCUUGCCUUUCAUGGAUUUUGGGGGGUAAUUGCCUUCGGGGAAGGGAAAGUGGAGGCAAAAUUACACCUCUUUUAUUUAUUUAAUUUUAAAUAAAAAUCAGUCUUCUAAAUCUGC